UGUGUUUGCAUUUCACUUUCUCAAAUCUAACCCUUCCUCCUUUGUCUGUCUCUUUCUCUCUCUCUCUCACUAAAAUCCAGUUAUUAAACACACACACUCUCUCUCUCUCUCUGAAUCUGACCCUUUCUUCUUCUACCUCCUCCAUCCUCUCCAUCUCCAUCCCUUAUCCUCAACCUGCCUCCUGCUUAUCCUGCGCACACCUCCAUUUUCACAAAAAAAAGAAGAAAGCUUCAAAAACACAAAAAUGGGAAAGGGUGGGUCACUGAGCGAGAGCGUGGUGAAGAAGAUCGUACUCUCAUACACAUACGUGGCCAUAUGGAUCUUCCUCAGCUUCACGGUCAUCGUCUACAACAAGUACAUCCUCGACAAGAAGAUGUACAACUGGCCAUUCCCAAUCUCCCUCACCAUGAUCCACAUGUCCUUCUGUGCUUCCCUCGCCGUCCUCCUCGUUCGCGUCUUCAAGCUCGUCGAGCCCGUUUCUAUGUCUCGGGAUCUCUACCUCUCCUCCGUCGUACCCAUCGGAGCUCUCUACGCCCUCUCCCUCUGGCUCUCCAAUUCCGCCUACAUCUACCUCUCCGUUUCUUUCAUCCAAAUGCUUAAGGCUCUCAUGCCCGUUGCCGUCUAUUCCAUCGGCGUUCUCUUCAAGAAAGAGAGCUUCAAGUCCGACACCAUGCUCAACAUGCUCUCGAUCUCCUUUGGUGUCGCCAUUGCCGCUUAUGGGGAAGCUAGAUUCGACACCUGGGGUGUCAUUCUCCAACUCGGUGCUGUUGCUUUCGAAGCCACCAGGCUCGUCAUGAUCCAAAUCUUGCUCACAUCCAAAGGGAUCUCCCUCAAUCCCAUCACUUCCUUGUACUAUGUGGCUCCUUGUUGCUUGGUCUUCCUCUUCGUUCCUUGGAUCUUCGUUGAAUAUCCUGUUUUGAAAGAGACCUCGAGCUUCCAUUUCGAUUACCUCAUUUUCGGUACCAAUUCUUUCUGUGCUUUCGCUCUGAAUCUCGCUGUGUUCUUGCUUGUUGGGAAGACCUCGGCUUUGACCAUGAAUGUGGCUGGUGUGGUUAAGGAUUGGUUGCUCAUAGCCUUCUCUUGGUCUGUUAUCAAGGAUACUGUGACACCCAUCAAUUUGUUCGGCUAUGGUCUCGCAUUCUUGGGUGUUGCUUACUAUAACCACUCGAAAUUGCAGGCUCUUAAGGCCAAGGAAGCUCAGAAGAAAGCUUCUCAGGCCGAUGAGGAAGGUAGCAGAUUGCUGGAGGAGAGAGAAGGUGAUGGAUUGGGGAAAAGAAAUGAUUCCCAAGAUUGAUUUUACAAUAUAUCUUAUUUUGAUUCAGGGGGAAUUGGAUGAAAGUCAUGAUAAUAAGAGCAAAAUUUGGAAGAUGAGGGGAAAAUAGACAAAUUGGGUUUCCAAAUGAGGUCAAAAGAAAUUGAAAGGUUCAAAGUUAUUUUUUUUGGGUCAUUUGGAUGGAUGAAUUCGGGUUCGGGUAUGAUGUUUUAGAUUUCGUUUCUUAUGCUAGCAUUGGCCUUUCUUUUUUUUUUUUCUUUCUUAUUUUUUGGUGGUUUUAUUUACUUUUCUAGUACUACUACUUUACUUAAUAUCAGGGAUUUGAGAUUCGCAUCUGUUGCUUAUAUUGCGAAACCUGUAUGCUAGUAGAGUAUGAAUCUCAAAUGCCCCAUUGCCCCUCCAUUUAUAUAUAUAUUUUUUAUCUUACUA